UGUCCACUAGGUGACAGCAGUCACGUGGUAAAUGUCACUGCGCAUGCCCGACUAACAUUAUUCAACAAAUAUGGCGGCACACUACGUGACAGCAGUCGGGACAGCACUGAAAGGUGUGCACCUUGUUUCCGGCCGGUGGAGCCAAACCCCGACAGUGUGUCAGUUUUUGCGGCGGCAUGCUGCUCAGUGUCGACCGCUACAUGUCACCCCAGCCGCCUCUCGGUGCAGCUCAAGGAGAGAUCCGCAGCAGAGCAACAACACAGAAGAAACGAGGGAAGAGGAGGGUCCUGAAUACAUCCCCACCAAAAAGGGGAAGAACCCCAUGAUGGGGAUUGGCUACGCCUGGAUGAUAGGCCUACCCACUGGACUCAUCGGCUUCCUCCUGGCCAAGAGAGAAGUGGACAAGAACCGACUGAAGCAGCUGAAAAUUCGCCAGAGGAUGAAAAGGUCAAACGAGGGAGAAUAUGAAGGCAGUCGCUACCGCCAUCCUGCUGAGGAUGUCAAACUGGACCAAUGACGUACAUAUAUGGCUGCAAUGAUUUCUACCAGAUGCUGAAUGUCACCCCUGAGACGGUGACUCCACUGCACUACAGCCCA